AUGCGCAUCGCCACUGUCACCCCCGCCCGCUCCCUGCAGAACCGCUUUGAAGUGUUUCGGCACAGCGAGUGGGUGGGGCAGUCGCUGGGGUUGCGCGUGCGGGCGGCCAAGGGAGGCGGCUUCCUGCACCUGCUCGCCCCCUCGCCUACCUUGUGGACCAAGGUGCUGCCCCACCGCACGCAGAUCCUCUACCUGCCUGACAUCGCGCUUAUCAUCGCGCUCAUCAUCACGCGCCUUGCCGUGACGCCCGGCGUCACCGUGCUGGAGAGCGGCACCGGCACCGGCAGCCUCUUGCACUCCCUCACCCACGCCGUGGCGCCCACUGGCCGCUUGUUCUCCUUCGACUUCCACCAUGGCUGCGCCAAGCAGGCAAGGGCGGAGUUAGAAGCCAGCGGCAUAGUGGGCGUGUCAAUCGUGGUGGUGAGGGACAUCCAGGGCGAUGGCUUUCCCCCCCACCUGCACGCCGCCACGCACGCCAUCUUCCUCGACCUGCCCUGCCCCUGGCGAGCCCUGCCCUCCGCCGCCAGCUGCCUGAUAGCGGGCGGACCCGCCAGGGGAGGGGGGAAUGAGAGAGCCAGCGAGGGCGAGGGGGGCCAGCGAAGUGACGGGCGAGCAGCAAAGCGGCGCCGUGAGGAGGGGGGUGGUGGUGAGGAGGGUGGGAUGGAGCAGAUCACAGCGACGAGGGCGGAGGGGGGGCGAGAGGAUGGUGAUGCAAGGAGAGAGGCAGGGGCAGCGGGCAGAGGGAGGAGGGAGGCGGGCAGGCGGCAGAGGGGGGUGGCAGAGAGUGUGGGCGAGGAGAGGGGGUACGUGGCAGCGAGGCCCGUGGCGGACAGCAAGGGGCACACGGGGUACCUCGCCUUCGCCACCAAGCCCGUGUGA